AUGCUAUCACAAUUCCAACAGAGCUACCAGCGCGUGGAGCAGAGUCUCCAGCGCCUCACCGACUCCAUCGCAGCCUACAACCCUUCCGUGAGCGCAGCCGAAGAAUUGGUAGCGGCCGACGAAGAAGUCAACGCGAAUCUCGAACAGCUCGUGACACAUCAGCGAAAUUACGCGCGCAUCCAGCAGCUGCGCCAGACGACCGAGUCGCUCGAUGAAACGCUCAGACAAACCCUCACCAUCCUCGCGGAUGCGCGCAACGGCCUCCUCGCCAUUCCCGCGCACGACGAAGCAGGCGACGACAGGCGGGAGAUCAAAGUGGACGAGCUACUAGCGUACGCGAAAUUCAUCUCGCCGACGACGGUGCCGCCGACGUUUAGGAAGAAAGCUGGACAGCCGUCUGCACCUGCUAUCAAGAGGGAGGGCGGCGGACAGGAUGCUCACAUGACGAAUGGCUUAGCUACGCCGUCGCCGGGGGCGCAAGAGCUUGCUGCAAAGACGGAGAUGGAGAAUGUGAUGGCUGCGGCGGGACUAGACGAGAAGAGCGAUCCCUUCGUCGACCCAAGACGGGAUCUGCCUUUUGAGCCGUGGCCUUCGCACGCUAUUAUUCAGCGCGGUGCGCUGGGGGAUAUCCAGCGCAUGAUUGAUGGCGGACUGGAUCCGGGUGCUGUGCUUACUGCCGAGGAGCAGGCGGAGGCGGAUCAGCGGCGGAAAGAGGUGGAGGAGAGGGAGGCGCUGGCGCAGGAGGAGGCGGAGAGAAGGCGGAUGCGCAUGUUUGAUACUGCGGCGGCGAAGGGGCAGCCGGCGGUGUCGGACGUGUUCAACCCGGAUGAUCUAUGA